AUGGCCACCAACACUCAGCCAUCAGAGUCCGCCGCAAGAGGUAUUGCAGACGGAAUUAUGCCGACACACACAUUCGUGCCUAACCAAGGUUAUUCGAGUGACAAUACAACAAAUCUCCAACGAAGAUUAGCGCCUGGAUCUUUCAUUCAGGAGCAAGACGAAUAUUCCGACGAAGAUGAGGACGAAGAGUACGAAGACUAUGCCGAGGAAGCACUUGAUGACCCUGAACAACUCGGAUCAUCGAAUCCCGCAGAUCUCACAAAAUCUUACAAUCGACAGAAACGACUCAAUGAGGUCGCUGGUGACUCUAAUGUACCAUCCUGGCAACACCCGAAAGCAAACCCUCAAAAACCACCGAAGCUAAAAAUGGGUGAACUCGGCUACGACAUGAAGAAGCUCAAGAUCGAGGGCCCCGAAUCACUGCCUGGAACUUCACGGCAACGGGACAAGAGUGAUCGAGCGACGACAGAACAAGUCCUCGACCCAAAGACCCGACGCAUUCUGUUUCAAAUGAUCAAUUCUGGCAUCGUGACGGAAAUCAACGGCACAAUCUCAACGGGAAAAGAAGCCAAUGUCUAUCAUGGCAUGUCGGCAUCAGAGGAUGAAACACAACCCGACAUUCACGUGGCCAUCAAGGUGUACAAGACCAGCAUUCUCAUCUUCAAAGACCGAGAAAAGUACGUGACGGGAGAAUUUCGCUUCCGGAAGGGGUUCAACAAGGGCGACAACAGAGCCAUGGUGAAGUUAUGGGCGGAGAAGGAAAUGAGGAAUCUGAAGAGAAUCCAUACUAGCGGAAUUCCAUGCCCUGAACCGCUUUACCUUCGGAGACAUGUCCUUGGAAUGAGCUUCAUUGGCGACUCUAAAGGCAAAGCCGCCCCUCGACUCAAGGACGUGGAGUUUACUGAAGAAGAUCCAUUGGCAAGAUGGCGCGGCGUUUACAUCGACAUCCUCGCCUACAUGCGUAUCAUGUUACAGCAGUGUAAACUUGUCCACGCAGAUUUGAGCGAGUACAAUAUCCUAUAUCACAAACAUCGACCAUACAUCAUCGACGUGAGCCAAAGUGUGGAAGGUGAUCAUCCCCGAAGUCUAGACUUUCUUCGAAUGGACAUCAAGAACAUUUCCGACUUCUUCAAACGACAAGGUGUUUCCGUUUUGUCCGAUAAACAAGCCUUUAGAUAUAUCACCAAGCUAGCCGAGGGCGAUGCAAGCCUAGGGCUCGAUGUCCUCCGAGCCGAGAUCGACAAAACCAUGGCCGAGCGCACGGAAGAAGAAGAUGAGGAAGACGAGGUUGAGAACGAAGUAUUCCGCAAGCAGUACAUCCCGCAAACACUCGACGAAGUAUACGACGUCGAAAGGGACGGAAACCAAAUCCAGACUGCAGGCCGGGAAUCACUCGUCUAUAAAGACCUCCUCGCGCCUUCCAAAGACGAACUCCUCAAGGAAACCCCAUCAUCGACAACAACGCGCCCCAAUCUGGCGACCAACGCGGCAGAAUCCGAGCUUGCAGAAGAUGCCCAGGAAGGCGGGGGCGUGUCUCUCUCCCACGACUCUGCGUCUCACGGCGACGGCAGCGGAGAUUCAGAUGGCCAAUCCGACGCCUCAGCAUUCAGCGAUUCCGACCCCGACGCGCGUCCCCGCGGCAAGCGCUUCCAAGACAAGGACGACAAACGCGAGCACAAGAAGAAAGUCAAGGAGGAGAAGCGGGAGAAGCGCGCCACUAAGAUGCCCAAGGCCGUCAAGAAGAAACUUGUCUCGCAGAGUGCGAGGCAUAAGCAUUAG